AUGAGCGCUUCUUUGGUAGACAUGGAUCCAUCAGUCGAAAAUAGCACUCUAGUUCACCUGGAUUCACCUAUCCUCCCAGACAAGUCUGACAUCUCCAACAUGACCAUCAUUCGGACCGGCAAUGGGUCUAUUAUAGAGAACCAGAUGUUUUUGAAUACAGUAACUGCUCGGGCCCUCUCAGGGAUAUUUGUGUGGUCUGCCUUGCUCAUAACAUGCCACCAGGUGAGUUAAGAGAAGCACCACAUAAGAAUAUGCUUAAUAGCCAUGUCUUAAAUCACUGCUGCACUGCCUUCCCAUGAGUAAUAGAGCUUUAAAGCACUGCACUCUCACUGAUGUAAAUGUGUAAUCAGAGAUGGUUCAGACAGAUUGUACCUCCCUUGCCAGGGGACAGGAACAAGCUCCUGUAUCCAUAACCUUACAGCGCGCUGUGGUAAACUCAGUGUCUUAGCUCACAAAGACACUUUGUCUUAUCUGGUCAUAAAAUAUUUCAUUCCGCCCGAGCAGGUAUUAUUCUCUCUGCUUUGUGUUUGCACUGCCCCACUGCAUUGUGGGAAUGUUUUGCCUCCUUCAGAGUUGAUAGUGACUAUCAGAUUAAAAUGGAGGAAAAUCCUCUAACUGAUUAGAGGACAAUGAAUUCACAGUGGGCUCUCUCUGUGUGAGAGCAAAAGAUGUCCGUGAAGAAUCAGCCGUUCAGCACAGCCCACCUUUACCCAGAAACUAUUUCACUCCUGCUGUAAAUGAGUGUUUCCUCUUGUGUGGGUGAGUUACCCACUGUGUGCAGAUGAUAGCUUAUCAUUAUGGUUUUAUCAUUUGCAGAGAAUGCGGCAGGGUGCAGUGUAUUAUCAGCAGGGAAAUCAAUUGAUAUUGAGAUACCAUUUGCAGCGUUACAAAGGAUGAGCUUGUUGUUUUUGUGCGCUGUGUUUUUAAUGUCACCAGGAUCUAGUCGGUUGGGUGUUCACCCAUCCAACAUGCAUACUGUAGCUGGUAGUGUGCUGCAGAUCAUGUUUAUGUUAACACACACAUGGCCAUUACUGUUUCUGCUCAAGAGAGUUUAUGCUUAAAGCGGCUAUUUUAGCUUUUUAAUAUCCUCACAGAGCAUCCACAUGUUGCAUCCUGUGAUCCAAACUCUAUCAUUGUUUAGGGAUUUGUGACUCAAUAUACAGCAAAUUGGUUUCUAUCUUUUUAAUAUAGCACUUGUUUGGCCAAACACUUGCCAGCAAGACAUUCUAAUUGAACAAAUAAAUAGCAAGUAUACCACAGGGAGAAAGGAGCUGGUUUGCUACAGGCGAGCAUCUGUCACACAGGGAGAAUAAAAUGGUUUGCGGGACUAGUGUUGCUAUGCUGGCGGUGUUUCAUCAGACUGGGCCCCAGAGUAUUAUAGAGACCUAAACUCACAUUCUGAAUACCAACACAGACAAUGACCUUAGUUCUCCUGUGCUGCAAAGUUGCCGAUGCUUUUUUUUUUCUUGGACUGGUAAUAGCUGGAGAAUGAGUCGAUGCAUUAAUUGGUUCUUUUGCAAUUGAAGAGCAUUUGGGAUUAAGUACAGCAGACCAAAUGUUUUAAGGUAAUAUAUGACCGAAUUAUAUUUCCCACAGUUCAUUGGUAACAGUAUAUUGAGGGUCAUGUAAGAUAUUAGUAAUAAGGGUUCUGUUAAAGUACCUAUACUGUUGAGGCAGAAAUAAGUCUUUAUCUUUGGGCUCGGAGGAGUUAUUCUUCGUACAGCUAUAGAUGAGCUUUUCUGGCAAAUAUACAACAUCACUCUCCAGUCUGCUUCAUUACACAUGUUGAGACUUUUAAAUACAACAUAUCCUCAAUCUCACAGCAACCAGGCUUUGAAGCGCAAUCAUUAUACAAAGCUGAAUAUGUUAAGCAAAGCGAGACUGCAUGUUGUUUAGUCUCCUCUACAAAUAGGCUAUGACUUCAGUGUCCACAAUGCUCAUGACAAUACUCGACCAAUCAUAUCUAAGGGUUUCAUUUUCCGCCAGUGUGCCAUCCAGUCAGUCAGGAAAGUCAUAUGACUUAAGAUUACUCAGUUGUUGCUUAUGCUGAAGUAAUUACUUACUUGGCUGCACAUGCUCAGUGAGUAAGGUAAUGGCUGAUAAAUGUUUCUGUCAAAUUAAAUAAAAAUGUUUAUGAAGGAUGAGCCAUCAGUCAUAACCAGACAAUGACGGCCAUAUCAGUGGCUUUGCAAAGAAACCUAAUUUGAUGUGAUUUGAAUUCUCUAUGCUACAAUGACAUUAACUGAAUGAUUCAUUUAUUUAAGAGUAAAAUUCAUUUGCAACAAAAUUAAUUCACUUUAUUUUAUUUAAAGUUGUCAGAUCUGAGUUGAUGGCAGGGAAGUGGGCCGCGUCAUGCAGUGAAAUGUGUCAGCCUGCAGGUCUGUUAGCCUUAUGUGGAAAACUUUCCAGUGUUCAAAUAUUAAAUUAAUCUCAUACUGUAUGUGUGGCUCAUGGUUACAAAAAGGAAGUGUUACAUUUGUUAUGUUCACACACUAAAUGACAGUAACAGAUAGGGAAGUUAGACAAAGACACGCCGUCUAUAAAGGUUAUCAUCCAGCUAGAAAAACAUUUGUUUUAUUGCAGGUGGUUGGCGUAACAUGUUGAUCACACCCAUGUGUUUUAUAUUGCUUUGAAAAACGUGUCUGUACUUGUAGACCCUCAACAAACCAAAGUUCCUAAAUCAUGAAGCCUUUUUUAUGAGGUGCAGUUAUGACCAUUUUUAUAUUUAUGAUAGGCUAUUAUAUGAUUUCAUUUUCCGGUAUUACUCCAAAGUGGCAAACCAUUAAGUUUAAAAGUGAUUCAUCUGCCCAUUGUUAAAUUCAUGUACUUUGUUUACAUAUUAAAAAUAAGAUUGAGUUAGUAAAUCUGUCCUCUGAAUCAGAAACACAGCUCAUCCAGGGAAUGUUCAUCUUCCUGUCUGCCCCCGUUUUUCAUACGCUUUGUUUGUGUUUGCACUGCAGAUCUAUACACACCUUCGCUCCUACACUGUUCCCAAUGAGCAGCGCUACAUCAUCCGCAUCCUGUUUAUUGUGCCAGUUUAUGCCUUUGAUUCCUGGCUCAGCCUGCUCUUCAUCAGCAACGACCAGUUCUAUGUCUACUUUGACUCCAUUCGAGACUGCUACGAAGGUAAGUACAGCCCGGGGAGGGUUGUUGCCCUGCAAUCAUAUUUUGCCAGGAACGGAAAGGUGAGGAACUGACCAAACUAGUUUUUCACAUUAGCCUUUGUUGUCAUGAUGGUAGACCUCAUUAUGAAAGGUGUUGCAUUUCAAGGAGGAUCCCUUUCUGUAAACCGGAUUUGUCUUUUCAAACAACAAAACGAAACAAAUCCACAGCCUUCUUUUUAGUUGGGAUAGAUGUCCUCAAGAUUUUUUGUUCAAAUAUUACGUAAAAUUUGACCCACAUGUUGUUGUUAUUAUUUUUACCUUUGUACCAGCAAGUGUAUGUGUAGAUGUUUUAGGCCAAAGAACUUAAUCACUGGGAAGAUGAAUCUUAUGAAAAAUAGAUGUGGAGCAAUUUGGGAACAGGAAAAGUAAGAAAUAUUUUAUUCAGGAGAUUAGUUUCCAUUUGCAGGCCAAUUUUGUGGCUGAUUGAUAGUGUAGUGCAUCAGAAAACAGGGAGGAUAGAAUACCACCAGCAGCUAUGGUUAAAACAUAAUGAACCCUCUCUUGACUGGACACCAUCUGCAUUAGCCUCAUUUAAUCCCUCCUUAAAUAGCAACAAAGGAUUAGGAAGGGAUUUCCAAGACACAGAACCCUAGGAAGCUUCUUAAUGUAAGGACUGAAACAGUUAUUGUUCCAAAAUGUAAGUCUAAUUAUUUUUAUCAUGUGUGUUCGCAACGCAGUAAUAAGUUGACCCUUUUUUAAUUAAAGAUGUAUUCAAAGGUGAUGAGAAACGUUUCUACUGUCCAUGAAAUGUGGUGAGGUGCAGAGUUCAUAGACGUCACUCUUCUCUUUGUCUUGCAGCAUUUGUCAUUUACAAUUUCCUGAGCCUGUCCUUUGAGUAUUUGGGAGGAGAGAGUGCAAUCAUGUCAGAGAUUCGAGGGAAGCCCAUACAGUGAGUGUGCUCUCUUUCCAUCCUCCUCUUUACCUGUGGUUCAUGUGUAAUUUGAACCCCUAACUUGAGGAGUAUGUGUCAUGUACAUGAUUUUGAUCCAGUCCUGCCUUGUGUUCAUGUUGAGACGUGAUAACUUUUGAAGACAGCAAAUAACACUGUUUAAAUCAUACACUACUAAGAGACAUUUAUUUAAAUCAAGUAUAUCUAUCUAUCAUUUUUAAAACUCACAGGAGUUUACAGACAGUCCCUUUUCAGACAGUGUUGAGUCUCCGAUCAGCUCCCUGAUUGCUACUGGAAUAGAAAUGAGAAAUAGCUUCCUCCACCAUCACUCUGACAAAAAAAAAAAAGAAAAAAAACAGCUUUAACUUUAAACUUUUUUUAUUCUUUUAACAUCAUAUGAAUACAGAUUAAUGCAUAGCCACAAGAUGAACACAGAAUGUCAGUUUGACUGCAUUGUCAAACAUGCAUCCAAUCCAUUCAUCAGUUCAGUAGUUUCCAACCAUCGUUAUUAAUACUGUAAUUAUAUUGCACUAUCAUGCAGAUUUUCACUAAAGCUCAAAACUUGAAAAACACAAAGUUAGGACCAUAAAUAUUUCAUAUGAUUUGGAUCCACUUUUUUCCCUCACCCAGAUGGCAGCGAUUCUUCCUUAGUAAAUGAAUCAUAAAUGUUUCAUGCACAUCUCCUCCUCUUCAGGUCAACUGCCACAAACUGAAGUUUGGGUUCGUCCUCAUAUUUACAAUCAGAAAAGAUGCAACGUCCACUUCUGCUGCCCUUGAAUAAGCAUUAAGAUCGAGUUUGAUAAUGACCAUGCAGCGAAAGGCAUACGAGAAGCAAUAAACAACAGUGUUGCUUAACUGUGAGAGUUACCCUUAUCUCGCAGGAUUCGACCCGUCUUUGAAAGCUGUGUUUUAUGGCCCAGUCAGCCACAGAGCAGCAGAUCUUUGCCAGGUCUAAAGACAGUGGAGACACUAAUGUUGUGCCCUGAUGAAUGAUAGCUUUUCUUAACACAAGCCACUGGAGACAAAUGGAAGAAUAAACUCUAGAUCUUGCGUCAGCUGCAUGACAGCGAGCUGGAUCACAGUUUUUGUAAAGACCACAACCAUGAUCACAGUAACAGUUCAGCGUGCUUGAAAUUAUGAAUUGAUGAUUAAAAUACAAGUAUUUCAAGAGCAUGUGAGCUUAUUGCUAUUAAUAGGUAGAUAAUAAAAUGCAUUUCAUCAUUAGUAUGGCAGAUAACAUGCAAACCAUUGAAAUAACACCUCAGACAUACAAAGGCUCUUUGUGAAUGAACAACACAUGCACGGGCUGUUCUUACCCUGAGGCAAACAUCAAUUUGUUUUUCAAAUUGGACUUGACUGGAGCUUGCACACUCAUUUGCAAGUGACAAGGGUGGAGUUCAGUUUGAAGCAUCAGUAAACUUCUUGUUUUGGGAAUAAAGAAGAAAAAAAUCAAAAAAAUCUGUAACAAUUCCUUUUUCCAGUCUGAUGGAUACAGACCAUAGACUGUAUAUAGAAUGGACAGCGUCUGCCUCCUCGCUGGGUGAAGCCACUCCGAGAACAGCACCCUCUGGUGACGGGGUUCAGUAUAGGUCAUAAAUCCCGCCUCCACCAGUAAAGCUUAUGGAGCUGUGGAUAAACUUUAGAAAUUUAUUACACAGAACAUAAAUUUUUCUCCCCCCUGCUUGUGUUGUCAACAUGUAGUUACAGUAAGACUGGUUUGUGCUCAAGUCCUCUUUUUUUCUGUGCAGCUCCAUUUUUCAAUCUAAAACAGCAUCCACAUUUUGAAGGAGUAUUAUAAUUAAGUGGCAACUUUAAUGACUUGUGCAGACACCAGAGCAUUUAAGGACAAGUGCUGUCCAGUUCUCAGAGUCCAGUUUGUUGUUGAUUCUGUCAUGUACCAAAACAUUUUAAAUGAUGAUAAGUAACCCUCACCCCAAAGAAAUCAAUAGCUCAAUAGUUAUUUAAAUGAAUAGCUGUAUUAACGAUUUUCAGGAUUUCUCAAAAUAGCAUUAAUGCCAUAUUUACAAAUAAAGGUCCAGGUAGUUGUUUCUGCUUCAGGAAUUUUCAAUAACUGUGUUGUAGUGGAAGAAAAUAAUCUUUGAGAAAUAUCACAGGUUUCUCUGUAGCUUUUUUCAUGCACAACUCAAGCAUUCGGGUUUACCUGAACCUGAACUCCACCUUUGGAUUUUGUCAUGUAGGCAGCUUUGCAUAAACUUUUCAAAACUAUUUCACAAUUUUUUAUCCUGGCUUUGAUUUUUUUGUAUCCUCAUAUAAUCUGAUUUUGUCCAAAUAUUCUUAUUAAAAUGUAUACAAACAUUGGCCAUGCACCAAAGUCAAUUUUUGUACCAUCCAUAGAGCAAAGUCAACACGCAGCUACCUAAACUUAGGAUGCCAAUUCAGUCUGCGUUAUUUGCCAGAAAGAUACUGAUAAAUAAAAGAUACUUGGGGUCUGACAAGGUGCCUUCAAACAUCUUAUUUUGUUUCAGUGAUGGUCUAAAAAAACAGGUGUAAUCAGCUGACAAACUGUCAAACUGUGACUAAGCAAAUUCUCAACUCCCUGACUGGAUAAAGCUGGCAGAAAGAAACGUCUUGCAUUUUUAAUAUGGAGUCAAUUAUUGAAUCAUAUAUUCAUAAAAAAAAAAUCAGAAAACUCUGAACUGGAUGAUGGAUUACAUGUACUUAUGAUACACGUGCUUUUCACCACUUGUUAGACAUUACAUGUGCAGGCUGGACAUUAACCUUCCUCUGUUAUCUGCUGAUAAGGAAUCCUAUUUCCGUGUUGACAUGACAUAAUGGCUCAUCAUCACUUCCUGUCAUCUUCACAGGUCAAGUUGUCUGUAUGGCACCUGCUGCCUUGUAGGAAUGAGCUACUCCAUCGGCUUUUUAAGAUUCUGCAAACAGGUGAGCUUUAAUCAUCCACUUGCGACUGCUCCUUGCUUCUUGGGACAGGUGAAAUAAAUUUGCACACAUUGGAAAUAAGAAUACGUAAAAUUGGUCUUUUGAAACAAUACUCCACUUUGAAUUAUUAUUCCGUCCAGAUCUGCGGCUCCUUAGAAAUGACAGCUGAAAUAAUUGUCUCUGUGUUUUCAGUGGAUAACAUCCACUGCUUAAAAAAAGAAGAAAAAGCAAUUGAGGCCAGGUGAAAGCAGCUUGAUAAUAAACACUGAAAGAUGAUAUGAGCUGUCAGUGUAAAGCUCCCUCCCUGUGUCUCAGAGUGCCGCACAACCUCCCAGUCUGAUGGAAAUUGAAACUGAGAGUUAUGUCCUCAAAACAAAAUACAGGGAGUUGUGAACGUUUUUAAUAAAUAACAAACACACAGAGCUCCUUCACAGGACUCCUAUGUGAAGUUUUCUCUCUGGGUGAAUCUUUUCAUUAAAGUUAGUAAGUCGUUAUAUUUAAUAAAGUUAGUUUCUCUGAUGAGACGACAUAAAAGAUCACCAGUUAUCUGCUGCCACGCAUACUAAUUUAUUAAAACCAAGUUUUUAAAGUGCUUUAUUCUAUCGAUCACACCAAGCAGACACUUGUGAAAACAGUAUGUAGGUGUUAAGAUGCUGCAAAGUCUUAUCAAGGACGGUGGGAGAGUAUCUGCAUUUGCUCAUCACAGCCAAAGCGGGAGACAGCCUUGGUCCAUGUUUUUUUUUUGUGGUUUAAAAAAAAGAAAUAAGAAAAAAUAAACCGAAGACAGUGGAAUUCUCUGCACGGUUAAAGUAGCUUUGGUGUGCGGUGAGAAGAGAGGUCAGCCACUGAAUUACUGAUAUGGAAAAGCAGCCUACAGUAAUGGUGGUUCUUAUAGAUAAGGUUAGAGGAUAAGCUGCUUACUGCUUUUUUUUAAUCAGAGUCUUCAGUCAUUUAUCACAUUGUAGGACACUUAAGGGUCUUAUUUUCUUAAAACUGUAGAAAAGUUAAAUCCUAUGAAGCCCAGGGGCCACUGUUGUAAACCAUCAGGGAUCCAAAUAAGUAUGUAAUAAGGAAGAGUAGGUGCUCUUUACUGACUGUUUUUGUAACAUUGAUAGUUUAAACUAGACUCUAAGCCAAAAUAAUGGGCAGUCACAGGAGCAUGAAUGCUGCUGUUCACAUCCACAAGUUGCAGUGAUUUAAUUAAUGACCUUAUGAUCAUUCGCAUGUGCUGUUUGCAGCACACAGCUGUGUUAUUCCAGGCAGAGUAAAGAUGCUCCUGGUCAAAUAUGACUCAAAUACAAAUGAAAGCUGCUCAGUGACAUUUUCACUAGAGUUACAAGUAAAAUAAAAUACUCCAUACAUACAAUUUAAAAAGAAAAGUGUUCAGCAGUUUUGUAUGUUUACAGUGCACAAGCUCAGUCAAGAAUACAAUUGUAUACAUACAUAUCAAAUUUUCCUUGGGUGUAAAAAAUCGUAUCUUAUUUUUUCUCACCUGCUUUUUUCCACUUAGAAAACAUAAUUUACAUCUUUCAAACUCAUAUGUUCCAUAUUUCCAGAUUUAUAGCAAAAAAAAAUGAAACCAUGACAGGACAAACUACAAAAAACACCUGAUGAUUAGGGAGAAUAAUAGCAGUUAGAAAACAUGCCAUUAUCUUAUAAUUAUUAUUAUUUUUAUUUUUUUUAUUAAUUAAUUAUUUAAUUAAUUUAUUUAUUUUUUCACAGCUGAAGGGACAAAAAAUGACUUAAAACAAGUUCAAAAAGCAGAAAGUUAAUUCAAUGACUUGCCUGGUGGGCAAAUCCAGUCCAGGCAAUGGGAUAAAACUUGCAUCAAAGUCAAAACAAGCAAAGAAGAAACUGUAGAAAAAGUUCAACUGCAAUGCAAGAAAUGCUCAGCUACAUACCUUCAAGUGUUUUCUCAGGUAGGACAGAAAAGUCUCAUUGGCAGUGAUGGUGUUUCUGCGACACAAAUCAUUCUUGGUUUCAGAAACCUCAAAGAAGGUUGUAAAGAUUGUCCAUGGGUGCUCAUGUGAAGAAUCAAUAUCCUUCUCUGAACAGUCCAAUCUGAGAGACAGUGCUCCACAUUCAACUGUGGGGAUAUUCAGCAUUCAUGUAGAGCAACAGACACAGAUCAGAACAAAGUUUAUUAUCAGCACAGGUGUCACAGUUUACUGAGACAGUUGUGUUUACUGGUGUUUGAGGGGUGGCAGGCUGCGUGCCAUUGGAAGAUGCGGCUCUACCAUCUUUACAGUGCGCUGAAUCAGUGUAAUCUCCCACUGAGUCUGCUGCUUCAUCACAACCUUUAGCAAACACACAACUAAUUCUGGUGAUGAGUCAGCCUGAUGAAGGUCUGAGCAACGUCAUGAAGCAACACAGUAAAUCAUUGGAAUAUCUUUCAACAUUUUCUACAUCUCUCUCAGGUGUGCAAAACGUUUUAAUAACUGAAUAUGUCUUUUGGAAAUUGAACUGGGUAUUGUAUCAUUUAUUGUUGCUUACUCUGAAAAAUAAUAAGCUUAAUUGCCAGAGUGAUCCCUAAUCACUGCGUGUUAGUUUGUGAUGGGCUGGGUAAGUGUGCGCAUUAUGUGGAAACAGUGUUUGAUUAUGAAUGUUGAUCAAACUGUUGAAGUGGUUGUUUGAUUUUGCUGGUAGAAUCAGAGUUGUAGAUACAGUACUCACAUCUGUUCCUGGUUAUAUACCUGCUUUAGCUAACUGAAUGAGCUCAAACAAAUGUGUUGCUCUAGCAGCAAAAGUGGACUCUGACUGUGCUAGAGUUUUGAAAUUCACAAAUUCUGCCCUUAACCAGCUGCGUGUGUUACCUAUUGAUUGAGUAAAGAAAAGACAGCAGGAGUUUUCACAAUAGAUCGAUAUAAGGGAAACAUCAAGUCCAGCAGAGAUUUAUAAAAAGAAAACCUGAAACUGUCAUUUUUAAAGUCAAAGACACACAAGUGGACAGCAGCACUUAGUCAUGGAGAAAUUACUCCAAUCAUAAACAUGACAGUAAAGCCAACAGCCUUGCGGUGCAUUGAUUUCAUAAUCAAACUUUUAUCGAUGGAUUAGCUUAAAGGCGUGUACUGCGAAACACAAAGUUGAGAGAUGCUGCUUUUAAUUGGACUCAGGAGGAAUUUCAAAAUCAGUGCUGUCAGUAAUUGCAAACAAUGAAUCAUUGCAGUGAGAAAAUCCUUGUGGUCUUUUGAGGGGGUUAUUUCUCUAUGGAACAUUAUGUAGUGUUGUAAAGAAAGUUCUGUAUAGGUCGCUGCAAAAGGUGGAAAAGGUCGCAUUGAUUUGAUAUAAUAGAAAUGGAUGACAUCCUAAAUUUAUACAGCAGUUGAUUGGUAGGGCUGCUAUUCAAGCAUGUAAAAUUAAUUCUCACAGAUUCAUAAAAAUGUUCAUUACUUGAAAGGAUCCAGCUAAUGACUAGAAUAAUUUGAGGAUGAAACCGUAGUUGAUUUUUAAUCCAGCAGCAUUAUUAAUGCACAUUGGGUUUCUGAAUGUCAAGUACGUCAUGAAGUAUCGUGCGGAAAAAAAAAAGCUGCUUUGAGGAUAUUUAGAGUGACACGUUGGCACUACAACCAGUAUGUGUGGAGCAAAGACUGUCAGUACCAACAGCUUCAAAGUAAAUCAGUAACAUAAAUGAUCAUUGAUGUCAUUUUGUCAAGCCCACCACCAGCUCUGGACAUUUUCAAACAUCUCCCUUUGGCUAAUCAAGUCGAACACUCCUGGUCUGUUGCUUUCAAGUGCCGUAGUAGUGAUGGGAAUUUGGAGCAGCCUCUGUCAAAUUGGUUGGUUCAGGCUUCAAUACACAACACAAAGGACACCUGUCCUCUAGUUUUAUAUGCCACGCAGGUCCACACCUCCCCGCAUCCUGUAAAGUCAGCCUGUCCCUCCCCAUGACAGCAUUUCAGCAUCAGUGCAGCUAACUUUCUUUGACUUUACAACAAAGGACUUAUUGUUGACCUUUAUAUAUCACUUUCUGUCAAAGCACUUUGUUAACACCUGUUUUUAAAAGUGCUUUAUGAAUAAGGUUAUUAUUAUUAUUAGUAGUAGUAGUAGUACUAUUAUUAUUAUUAUUAUUAGUAGUAGUAGUAGUAGUAGUAGUAGUAGUAGUAGUAGUAUUGUUGUUGUUGUUAUUAUUAUCAUUAACUGUAUUAUUAACUUCCUUUGACUUUACAACAAAGUGCUUAUUGUUGACCUUUAUAUAUCACGUUCUGUCAAAACAUUUUGUUAACACUUGUUUUUAAAAGUGCUUAAUGAAUAAGUUUAUUAUUAUUUUUAUUAUUAUUUUUGUUGUUGUUAUUAUUAUCGUUAUUGUUGUUAUUGUUGUGGUUGUUGUUGUUGUUAUUAUAUAGUAAGCAUUUCAAGUAUUUGGAUUAAAGAAACUCUAAGUUUACUUCUUGUAGAUGUUAGGUAAGAAGAUGUAUGAAAGCUCUUUGCAGAGAUGUAGAGCGGGGAACACAGCGGUCAACUUUUGUCAAAAACAAAGUGAGAAGUAACUCUAGAGAGACUCCAGCAAAUCAUUUUUUUUACAUUUCAGAGUUCUGUAUUGACUACACAGUAAAACCUGUUUUUUGUGAAAUGUGCACUAAUGGGCAAACAUGGAAACCCUGAGAAGAGUUAGACUAGCUUUUAUAGUAUCCAUAAUUUUAAUUGAUUGUUUUUAGAGCGGGGGGAAACAUCAGGAAACUUAUUGUCCACAUCCUCUUCAUCCUUCAUCCUCCUCCUUCUUCAUAGUGUCCUUUUUUUUUCCUGUCCGGGUGUCUAACUCUGAAUUAUAAUGUGUCCUCCAGGCGACUCUCCAGUUCUGCGUUGUCAAACCCAUCAUGGCUGUCAUCACCAUCAUCCUGCAGGCCUUUGGCAAAUAUCACGAUGGAGAUUUUAAGUGAGCAGCACCCUUUUUUUUCCCCAUUUGUUCUUUGUGUAUCUUACAUAUCCAUGUCAUGGCCAGCAGGCUUGUUUGCUUUUCGCAUGCACAUGAAGGAAAUUUGCAAAUGGAGAUAAUUGUAUCCCCUCUUCAGAGUUGGCAUGAGAAAUGUUUUAGAAUUUAAAGGUUUCAUAUCAAGUAGAUAGUGCCAGACAGAGUGCAGGUACACCCCAUCUUAUUGUCCCAGUUGUGUCACUAUCCUCACCAUAAUCUCUGCUUCUUGGUUGCUGUUGCUGUUUCAGAGAAUAAUUUUGAGUUAUAAACUAAAGAAUUGAUAUUGGCUUGAAGAAAGUGCCCCCAGUUGUGUUUGUUGUGCUCUGAGAUGAAGAUCCUUAAUUCUGCUCAUAUGAUGCAUUUGGCGAAGCACAGUACCAUAACAGGAGAAGCAUUGUUUGAUUUCACACUCCACUUUGUACAUCAAGGGAUCCGAAGAUGAGGAGAAACUGCAGACUGACAAAUUUAAUUUUAACGUAUUUUCACCUGUUCCUGAAGAGCCAAUAAGAGUCUCCCCAGAUUACAGAGAGGGUAAUAAAUUCAAUGAAACUGUCUUGUUCUGUAAUCAAAGGCUAUAAAAUGUGUCGUCCAUAAACUCUGCUUGACUUUUAUUCAGGUGCUCCUCUCCACCUCUCAGUUUAUCAUCUUUCUUUAAAGAUUCAGACGUGACAACACUUGUUUCUGAGCCACUCGGGAGAGGCAAAGAGUUCAAUGAGGAGUCAAGACAGACGUUUCCAAUCAGCUUCUUGUCAUCAUCCUCUUACUGUCGGCUGAAAGAUAGACUUGAUUAAAUUCUACCUGCUUAUUUCUCCAUAUACUUCAACAGCAGAAUUAGCAGAGGCAAAAUGAACCAUCCCUUUUUCAAGUCUUUUGAUAAGCUGCGUUGCACGACCGUGAUGAUUCACAGAUUGUUUACUUAAACGCUUUCAGCGCUCUGUACUGUAUAGGAGUAAUUAGCGCAGUCACAGACGAGUCCACGGAGACGCUCUCUCCAGAAUGUAAAGAAGGUAGAAUAGAAGUGUGACAAUUAAAUAAGGGCAAAUAUGGGUGUUUAUCUGAUGCAUUUGAAUAUGAGAAGGCCAAGUAUAAUGCUGCCUCCGAUAAUAGGACAAGUGUGUAUUCCUGGUUGACUCUGCAGAAAAAUUUAAGCUUUAAGCCCAAACAUUUGAAAACAACCAUGCAAACAGUUAUUUCAGUAACACUUUAUUUGACGCCUAUCUCUUUAACACGUUAAAAAAAUAUGUAUAAUGCGUUAUAAUCACGUUAUAGUAUUGUAUAACUUUAGUUAUAAACACUCAUAAAUGAUCAUAACACAUUAAAAAGCAUUUUACCAUGAUUUACAAGGUCAGGUAUUAUGAUAUAAUAAUGUUGGGCAGCACAGUGGUGUAGUGGUUAGCACUGUCCUGGGUUCGAAUCCGGGUCAGGGCAUUUCUGUGUGGAGUUUGCAUGUUCUCCCUGUGUCUGCGUGGGUUUACUCCGGGUACUCCGGUUUCCUCCCACAUCCCAAAACAUGCCUAAGUGGGGUUAGGUUAAUUGGCCACUUCCAAAUUGCCCAUAGGUGUGAAUGUGAGCGUGGAUGGUUGUUCGUCUCUAUAUGUCAGCCCUGCGACGAACUGGCGACUUGUCCAGGGUGUCCCCUGCCUUCGCCCGAAGAUGCUGGGAUAGGCUCCAGCCCCCCCUUUAUUGCCAUAAAGCAUUAUGAUCAUUUAUGAGAGUUUAUAACCAUGGUUAUGCAAGGCUAUAAUGUGAUUAUAAUGCAUUAUACAUAUAUUUAUAAUGCGCUAUAGAGAUAGGCGUCAAGUAAAGUGGUAUCUUGAAUUCUAAUGCCGCUGUUAUUAACACUAAUUAUGUUUCCAUGCAGCAUAAACGGAGGAUAUCUCUAUAUCACAAUUAUCUACAACUUCUCAGUCAGCCUGGCCCUCUACGCCCUCUUUCUCUUCUUCUUUGCAACAAGUGACCUCCUCAGGCCGUAUGAACCCGUUCUCAAAUUCCUCACAAUUAAAUCCGUCAUCUUCCUAUCUUUCUGGCAAGGUAAGUCAAAUCUUUUACCUUUUUUUUUUUCUUUUCUUUUUUUUCUCUUGUAGCACUUUGUGAAGAAUAAAUUGCUAACGAAAAUGUCCUGUCUCUGUAGGAAUGGUCCUCGCCAUCCUGGAGCGCUGCGGUGUGAUACCCAAUGCACUCUUCAUUAACGGAGAGGAGGUCGGCGCGGGCACGGUGGCGGCCGGCUGGCAGAACUUUAUCAUCUGCAUUGAAAUGUUCUUCGCUGCCAUCGCCCUCAGAUAUGCCUUCACCUGCACCGUCUACCAGGAGAAAAAAAAUGACGUGCCAGGUGAGAGCCGUGGUCCAUACAGAGAGCGGACAAAAGCUGAUCAUUACCUCUCGCCCUCGCUUUGAAAUACGUUGACAUGUUCCAGGGCUAAUUGCCCUUCUCCCCCGCAGAAUAAGAACUGACAGAAGCCGGGGGUGUUAGCAGUAAUCGUAAUGCCAUUGCUCUGUGCCUUUUGCAGCCAUUUAGCCCAGCAAGACUCUCUUUUUGAGUUAGAUCUUGAUUCAGCCUCUUAUAUUGGAGCUUGGAUUUAUGAGAGCAUAUUUACACAUUUUCACUAACUGAUUAUGUGGAGCUGUCUUGACUACUUUGUCAGUCAGAGUGGGAGUCUGCAGGGGCUUUCAACUACCCUAAGAGGCCACAUUUUCACAGAGGGUAGUUGUCAACCCCACAAUGUAGAGAAUGAUGAAGAGGAAUUUGAAACCAUAGUACAGUAGCUAAUAUGGAGUCAGCGGCAUCCCCUAGACAUCAGUGCUGCCUGUGAGUAAGGGGCGAAUGGAAGCCAUGGGAAAAGCCUUUAACAGCAAUAUCAAUCAUUUUGCCUUUUUUCCUCCACUCGACAAUCGUCUACCUACCCUUGAGCUACUUUAAAUGUGCUGGAAGCGACGAUGAAAACUAAAUCAUUUCUAUUCGAACGCGGUAAGGCCAAUUUGUUUUUAAUAAAAAUGUAAAACAACGAGGGCAAAUGACAGAAUUAUAGUUUCUGUCCUUGAGGAUUUGACAUAAAAGUCUUAAAUAUCUGCGCCACAUUUUCGUGUCCCUGUUUCCUCCCUAGUUUCUCCUCCUUUGAAUGAUUUAUUUGGGCACUAACAUGAACACUCCAGCUCUGCAGCUGCUGCACCCACACACUAAGGUGUUGAUGUGUGUGAUUACAGAGGUUGCCGCACCUCUGGCUUACCAUCCGCCCGCCUCAGCCCUGUGGAGCAGGCAGGCAGGCUGUAACAAGAAACUCAGCAGACUGUGCCUAACUGCUCCGCACUGAAACCAGCCCCACUCCCAUCCCUCCCCACCCUUUCCCUUCUCUUUGCCACCUCCGUAAGCCACCUCCAAAAGCCCAGCCAGUGACCCUUAAGCAGAAAGCUGUGGAUGUCUGCCUGAUUUUCUGUUUCUUUCUUUUUUUUCUGACUUGAAGAGCAUUUUAGUUCUGGGGUAAAUUCGACCUGGCUCACUGCUGGGUGCUUGAGGACUGUCGGAGGGAGUGAUGGCUGUGACUGAACUCUGCUCUGUCCAUUUAGGCUGUUUCUGAAAAAUCCUGGGAUGACACAUAAACUCAUUAGCCAUGAAAUAUUGCGACCCUUUGUCUGGAAUUUGGAUUACCCUUUCGGACUGUCAGACUGGGCAAUUUAGCACAGAGUCUACUAAUUUGACAAACCUCAAACUCAUUUAUCAAGAAAGAAAAUGAAAAAUAUUUUUUGUCCUGGCUUCUCUAGGAUGAGAAUUGUUUGGAUUACUGUUUCAUACGACUUCAUUUUAAUCGUGUGGUCAAAGUGAUAGGAUGGCUGAGUUACUAUACAAAGUAAAUGAAUCACUGGUUAGCUGUGUCGAAUCGGCAGACCAUUAUAAUAACAGCAUUUCACAAUGAGUUAUAUUCAUUUGGUUAUGACACAGCAUUUCUUUCUAACGUAAUCUAGUCCUUCAAUUUCUCAGCACUGUAUAUUGAGACAUUUAGAUUGAUCAUCUUGUUUUGAGUGUGUGUAGAAAUACUCACACAGGAGUAAGUCAUUUUGGGAGUGGUUGUCUAUGCUCCUUUAGGCCAGACGUGAUGGACUGUACAUAAAGACCCACUGAGAAAAAAACACAAUUUGACACAUCCAUCAGCGUUUAUUACAAAUCAACCUGACAACAUGGGAUGUAACACUUAACUCAGCCCAGCAGAGAGCGCUUAUGUCAAACAUAACGUGUCAGUCCAGGCAGUAGCUCAGGGGUAGAGUGGUUGUCCAAUAAUUGGAAGGUUGGCGGUUUGAUUCCCCCCUAUCCCUAGUCUGUCUGUUGUGUCCUUGGGCAAGACACUUAAUCCACCUUGCUCCCAGUGUGUGUCCUCCACUGGUGUAUGAAUGUGAGUGUUGUGUGGUGGUGGUUUGAGAGGCUGUAGUUGCAAACUGGCAGUCACGUUUCUGUCAUUCUGCCCCAGGGCAGCUGUGACUACUAAGGUAGUUUACCACCACCAUGGUGUGACUGUGUGAGCGAAUGUAUGAUGUAUCCAAUGUAAUGUGCUUUGAGGGUCACUGAUAGAGCGCUACAGAAUCUGAUGCAUUAUUAUUUUUUUAUUGAAGUACAUAACGAACAGUAUCGGCAGCACAGUCAUGAAAAAGACAGUCACAGGCAAAUCUCAUUUAGUGACAAUGGACAUGGAAUGGAUUCAUUAUAACUGCUGCAUUUGAAGAGGCAGAUAGUCUUUAUGCACAACAUAAAUAACUUUUGCAUGUCUUUUGCACACAUGAUAACGCGUGUGCACAAAAUUAAAUCUUUUAUUUUAUUUUUUUUGCUUAAGAAUGAAUAAGACAAAAAUUCUCCCAUCCUCGUAUAUAUGCAGGAUCUAGCUGCCAGUUUGGUCUAGAGAUAUCAUGAAACAGCUGUAUAGAUAAUGACAAUAACAUUCAAAUUAGAUUAUUUCUAGUGCACUAUCUCAUGUCAUUAAUCCCCUCUUGUCCUCUAUGUUUUACUCACAGAGAACAUCCCUCCCAUGCAGAGCAUCUCCAGUGGUCUUAAGGAGACCAUAAACCCAGGGGACAUGGUGCAAGAUGCCAUUCACAACUUCUCUCCAGCCUACCAGCAGUACACCCAGCAGUCCACCCAGGAGGUGGUCCAACCCAGCUCCAAUGGAAAAGUGGCCACAGGCAACAAGGGCUCCCGCAAGUCUGACAAAAUCAUGCUGAUCACCUCCGAUGAUGAGUUCUAG